AUGGGUCGUGGUCGAAGUCGGAGUGAAAGUUCUAGCAAAAGUCGUAGCCGUAGUCGUAGUCGAAGUCCUAAUAGUGGUCAUCGUGGCCGUAGUCAUAGCAGGCGACGUGGUCGUACGAGAAGUCGAAGCCAUCACCAUGAUCGUCGAAGCAGAAGUCGUUCGAGUGAUCGAGAAACGACAGAUUUGUUGAAACUUUGUUGGAAACCACUAAAAGAUGAUUCAAGAAAUUUUGAUGCUUGGACUCAUCUUCUGCAAUACAUCGAACAACUUGAUGAAACAAAAGCUGCUCGUGAAGCAUAUGAUGACUUUUUUAAGAGAUAUCCGUAUUGCUACGGAUAUUGGAGAAAAUAUGCUGAAUUUGAACGUCGUCAUAAACACUACGAUCGCUGCACUGAGGUUUAUGAACGUGGGGUCACGGCUAUACCACUGAGUGUUGAUCUUUGGCUUCAUUACAUUGCUUUCAUUAAAGAAAUCGUUCAACAUCAAGAGAAUGCAGUGCAAAAGACCAGAAUAAUUUAUGAUCAUGCAAUCGAAGCAUGCGGUAUGGAAUUUCGUUCAGAUAAGCUGUGGGAUGAAUAUAUUAACUGGGAGUUAAGUAAUGGUGAAACUGUACGAGCCGGAGCACUUUUUGAUCAGAUAUUAAGCAUACCCACUUUGCUGUACAGUAACCAUUUUGAUAAAUAUAAGACCUUCGUGAAUUCAAACGAGCCAGAUCGAGUAGUAAGUCAAGAUGAAUACAGUGAAAUUUUUGCAAAAGUUGAAGCAGAUUUGCAUAAUGUCGUUGAUGGUGAUCUAUUUCUUUUAGAAGAUUGCGUCGAUGAUUCUCCACCGGAUUACAUUCCGGAAAAUGGCGAAGAGCCACCGAAAAAGAUUUUUACGAGACGCAAGCACUGUGAAGAAGCCUUACGUGUUUUACGUGCAGAAAUACUCGAACGACGGAGUAAAAAAUAUUUAUUGAAUGAACAGGAAGUUAGUCGACGUUGGGCGUUUGAAGAGAAUAUAAAACGACCAUAUUUUCAUGUAAAACCACUGGAGCGAGCUCAAUUACGUAAUUGGCGUGCUUACCUUGACUUUGAAAUUGAGUGUGGUGAUAUCACACGUAUCAUUAUUCUAUUCGAAAGAUGUCUAAUCGCUUGUGCUUUGUAUGAAGAAAUGUGGAUUAAGUAUGCUCGUUACGUGGAGAGUAUUGGAGAAUCCAGCCGUGCUCGCAGUAUUUUUCGUCGAGCAACCGAAGUUCACUUACCUCGCAAACCGAAUGUUCAUCUUGCCUACAGCGCCUUCGAAGAAAAAAAUGGUAAUAACCACAGCAAAUGUGAUAUUUGUGAUAUACGAACCGGUGAUCUCUUUUUCCGUUCAUUCAUUCAUGUGGUUAACUUUGAUGAUAAGCUAAAGUAUUAUCACCGUCAGCAGACAACAUUCACUCAUGGUGCUCCACUCGUCCGACAACUAGAUGGCAAGUAUGGUUUUUAG